AUGGCCGCUGCCUCCGCCGCCGCCGCCGCCGCCGCCGCCUCCUCCUCCUCCUUCCCGCCCUACAAAUCCUCCCCCACCGCCCCGGUCCCCGCCUACCUCCCCGACUCGCCGCAAUCCAUCCUCCACCCGCCCACAGCCCUCUACUCGCGCAUCGCCUCCACAGCUUGUUCCCCUCCCUCUCCCACCACCAGCACCGAUUCCACCAUCCCGGCGGCCCCCCCACCCCGCCUCCCCACCCUCACCCUCGUCGUGCCCCCCCGCAGCGGCCGCGCCUUCCGCGUGCCCGCCGGCCACGUCUUCCGGCUGUCGACCCCCCUCGGCCCCCAGGUCGGCGACCUCAACGUGUGGAGCGCGGCCAACCCGCGCGAGCGCUUCUGGGCCAGCCGCACCCGCCAGCUGCACGCCAGCCACGUCUCCACGGGCGACCGCCUGUGGAGCUGCCUCCCUUACAUGCGCCCCCUGUGCGGCAUCGUCGCCGACACGCUGGGCCGUGGGGAUUGGGGGGAUGACGGGGGGGAUGAUGGGAGGGAGGAGGGGAUGGCCGGGGAGGGGAGGGGGGUCGAGGGGAAGGGGAGGAGUCGGUGGGGCGGGAGGUGUCACGAUUUGUUGGGGACGAGGUGCGAUCCGUAUGUCAACCGCAUGCUCACCGGCCGCUCCUACGACUACCACUGCCACUCCAACCUCGUCCGCGCCGUCCUGCCCUACGGCCUCGCCGAAUCCGACGUCCACGACGUCCUCAACGUCUUCCAGGUCACCGGCCUCGACGACAAGGGCCGCUACUUCAUGGAGGCCUCGCCCUCGCGCCCCGACGACUACCUCGAGUUCUUCGCCGAGCAGGACCUGCUGUGCGCCCUGAGCACCUGUCCCGGGGGCGACCUGAGCGAGUGGGGCUGGGUCGGCGUGAGGGACGGCGAGACGGGCGAGGGCGAGGGUGCCCGGAAGAUGGAGGAGACGUGCAGGCCGAUCAAGGUCGAGGUUUUCAAGAUUGCCGACCAUGUGCGGGACGAGGUCUUGCAGGGGUGGGAACCGCCUGCUGCCAGCGAUUAUGCCGGCUGUCAUGGGCUGCGUGUUCCGGUGGGCGAGAAGCGGGAUUGA